GCGAUGAUGUAAUGAGUCACGUGAGGCGGAGGGUUUCCGUGCAGUGCGCGAGGCGGCCGCGAACCGUCAGUCGGACCAUGAAAGAAGCCAUGGCGACCGCGCUCUCUCGCGGCCUGUUCCUGGUGCUCGCCUCGGGUUUCCUACAAACUGCAUCAGCAAACACGUUUGAGGUGAAGACUGGGAAUGAAACCUGUAUAUUGGCUAAAUUUGAGGCUACAUUUGUAAUCAGUUAUGAAACAAUUGAUAAAAGAAUGGCUACAAGUUUCUUCAACCUUUCAAAGAAUGCAACAGUAAAUCCAAGCAGCAGUUGUAAUAACAUGACUGUACCUCAACUGGUAAUCAGCUUUGGGGAUGGUCAUUCCAUCGGCAUGAAUUUUUCAAAGGACUCCAUGACCUACAGAGUAGAAGUACUAAGUAUUUCUUACAAUGCCAGUGAUCGUUCACUUUUUCCUAAUGCAACUUCUGGUGGCUUGAUAACUGUAGUUUCAAAUGUUACAAACGUUGGUGGGAAAAUGAACACAACAUACACAUGUUUCAGUGGCUAUACUGUGCAUUUGAAGAAUGUGACUGUAACUAUGAGCAAUAUCCAAAUGGAAGCUUUUCUACCGGACAAUACUUUCAGCAAAAAUGAAACUCUAUGUGAUGGUGACGUGACAACAACUCUACCCACUACUGUAACGACUACCAUUCCAACACCAACAACCUCCCCAUCAUCAAACCCAGGGAAUCCAGCUCCAAGAACAUAUAAUAUUAGCGGUGUGAAUGAAACUUGCCUUCUUGCUCAGAUGGGACUACAACUUAAUAUUACUUAUGUUACAAAGAAUAAUAAGACGGCACAGAAGGUUUUCAAUAUCCAACCCAAUGUAACCAACUCGAAUGGAAACUGUAGCCAUGAUUGGGCAUUUCUUCAACUGACAGAUGAUUCAACUGUCCUUACAUUUCGCUUUGUUGUGAAUACUACUAGCAACAAGUUUUAUCUGAAGGAAGUUGGUGUCAUCACAAACUUGACUUUGCCUUCUGCUCAAAGGAAUUUUAAUGCCACAAAUGCCAGCCUGACUUACCUACAGACUAGUGUUGGAAAAUCUUAUAUGUGCCGUGCUAAACAGACCCUGCAAGUGACUCCAGAGUUCUCCAUCAAUGCAUUUCAAUUCCACAUUCAGCUGUUCAAAAUAAACGAUGGAAAAUUUGGACCUGCUGAAGAAUGCAAGCUGGAUCAAGACAACAUGUUGAUCCCCAUUAUAGUUGGCGCAGCUCUUGCUGGACUUGUGCUGAUUGUAUUGAUCGCGUAUCUGAUUGGAAGGAAGAGAAGCCAUGCUGGAUAUCAAACUAUCUAAAGUCUGAAUACAGAUCUCAAAUUGUUCCACCUCUUAAGAGAUUAUCUUACAAAGAAGUACACACAAAUUUAUUUGUUUGGAAUCUUGGAGAUGGAUCUAUAAUAAAGGGAAUGCUCCCUGUUUAAAAGAGAUGUUAAUAGUUUACUUCUAAAUGAUGCCCUGCUCUAACAUUGCAUAACCACUUUGUGAAAUAUUCUCUUGCCUUUGGGCAACUUUCAUGAUAAAAAUGUCCUGAGGCAGGAUGAAUUGCAGCUCAGUUUUGGAACUCAGUACUAGAGUACGUGUAAGGCUGCCUUCUUGGCUGGCUUCUGAACUUAAUCUGCAUGCAGCCUGAAACUCCAAAUUGCACAAUCCUUUUGAGAAAAUACAGUGUUCCAAGCAAGGUCUACAUAUUUCAGAACACUGAGAAAAGGGCUGUGUCUUGAGUAAACUAAUAAUAUUUCAUUUUGACUGCAACUGUUUAAUGGAGCAAAGCAUAAAAUCAUAAAGGGAGGGUUUGUUGGGUCCAAGCUUUACAAAAAACUGACAGUAUGUUAUGCUAUUAGGAAUAACACGAAUCACAAACCUGAUUUUUACUGAUGAGGCCUAAUUUACAAGUAUAAAUUGGGAUGCUUUCAAAAGAUUGCUCCCAAGAAAAUCUCAAACCUUAAAAGCUUAUACUGUGGUAUUGCAGGACUUCAAAUUGGGUAGAGUGCUCUUUAAUUCUUCAGGUGAAGAGAUUUCACACUGGGCUUGUCAUCGGCUCCUUGUCAUUAGACAGGUUUUAAAUGUUUGGGUGAAAUAUAGAAUAUGCAAUAUUUGAUCUGUAUAGAAAAUAAAAACACAAUGCCACAAUAGACUUGCUACAGCUCACUCUAGAUACCACUUAUUUUGAAAUUAUUCUUGGUUGUUUUGUAUAUCAGCUGUGUAAGAGUGACAUAGCUAGUAUCUUCUGAACAAGUUGAUGGCAAUUCUGCAAUAGCUUUGAUUGUGUAUAAAUAUAUGCAAAUUCAAUGCUGGCAAAAGCAGAUUCAUACCAAUUUAGGUGUUUGAAUACUUUGGAUUGUAAAGCUGAGGAAAUGUUGGCAGUAUUAAAGGUUUGCUUGUUGGAUUUAACACAAAGUUGGGUCUUGCUCUCUCACCAAAACUCUUCAUGUGUGCAUAAUUUUAAGCUUGGUUUAACUUGAUAAUUUUUUUUAAAUGUGGUUGAUGGUAUUUGAAACUUUAUUCCUGAGUUAUGUUUUUAAGCAGCUGGUAUGAGCGUUUGGUUGAAGUUCAAUUGGUAUUCUACAACUGGUUGGGAGCGAGCACUCUUGCUAUACUAUGCCUAUAGAUUUUCCUUUUUGUUCAGUUUUCAUAGCAUUUAAAUGGUGUGCCUUUUGAGUGAUGGGUGCACCUUUCUUUUCAGGCAUGUUGUACUGUAUAGAAGAAAAAUGCUGGCCAUAUGCUUUACAGAACUAUUUUUGGACAGUUUCAAGCCUUUAAGGACUCAAUGUGUAAAUGUGCAUUGCCUGUAACGAUUCUAAAAGCAUUAUUUUCUGUAAGGGUUGUAUGCUGAUUUUCCCCAUUUAUUUAGAAAAGCUAUUUGGUCAGCUCACUCAAUUAUAAAACAAAGGGAAUCUCAACCAUAAAAUUAUUUGCUAAAUGCAUUUGUAAGAUUGCACCUGGGUAAUUUAUCCAUUGCCUUCUCAUUGCCUUGUGGACAGUAUCUGUUGCAUCUUGGCAGCAUAAAUGACGCGUGUUUCAGGUCUUACAUACAACUUACCACUGAAUUUUGGCUUAAAUACUUUUAAUUAUCAAUAUUGGAAAUUAUUACUGAAUCUUAUUACUUGCUAGAAUUGUCCUAUUUGCCUUUUUUGUAUUUAAUGUUUUGAUUUUUUCUUACCAUUUCUGUAAUACUGUUCAAUGUUGCUAACUUGUACUUAUGUACCAAUAAAAUCUUACUCUUCUGCCUGAA